AUGAGUGCCUCCAGCAGCCAUGGCAGGCCAGAUGGCGAGAUGUUCUUGAACCGUCCUUCGGACCGCGACUCGCCCACGAUAGUUGAGCCUCUACGCAUCAACAAGAGAAGCUCGAGUGCUGCUUCAGGGCCUGACAGAAGCAGCCCUGCCCCUCAGUUAGGGCCCCAGAACACUACCGCCUAUCCUGCGCCAUCUCUGCCUCAUCCCAACGAUUCGUCCAGGCAACAGCCUCAAUGCUCAAGGGUGACCGGCUCAUCGGCGCCCUACCCGUAUCCAGAUGUGAGAAGGGUGGCCUCUCCAGAACAAGGUGGAAGUGCGGGUAGUGGGCCUCGACAACAGGCGAAGAGGACAAUAUCGGGAGAUGGACGACCUGCGCAAACGCUGGGUGAACGCCGGGGGACCAUGCCAAAGCCUUUGCCCGAGUCUCCAGGUCCGGAUGCGCCAGAUAAGGAGGGUCUCUUCCAGCGUCACCCCCAGCGCGGGGAUGCUCCAUCAACGGCGCCUUUGCCGGGCACCAGCAACCAAAGCCAGCAGCAGUACUGGCCUCCCCCAACAGCUUCAUCGGCAGCGGACGCUCUGAGCAGGCUGAAAAUCCGGGACCCGUCUUCAAUAAAUCGAAUAAGCUCAACUGCAUCGACGUCGACCACGAGAGCGCAGCGGGGUUCGCCUCCACCUCCGGAAACUCCAAUCGUGGGUCCUGGCGCACGGCCCCAGACAGACAUAGAAGCUCGUUAUGCUGCCUCUGGUAUUGCCGGCACCGCGACUUUGACCAGCUUACAGGCGCAAAGCGUGGCGGCGCAGCAAAGAGCGGCUCAGUAUGGCCUCCAGGCCCAACAAGGUCAGACGCAGUCCCAGGAGCCAGCCCGACGGCCCUGGACGCCCACUGAACCACCAGGGAGCACCUCGCAUCCAACGCCCACAGUCUACCAAGGAACGAGCGAAGUACAGUCUUCACCUCCCGCUGCUACCACAACAGGAGCAGCCGGGGCAGCUCAUCCAGCUCCCCUCCAAUCACCCCAACGUACUGAGCAUCCAAUUGAGAGCGAGAUCGCCAGAGUACAGCCGCAUGAAGAGCCUCCGCCUGCCUACUCUCAGGUUUCGAGCGCGGUAAACGCUGCCCGAAACCCUCACGAGAAGCAGAGACGAAGCGUUACUGGGACAGGAGUUUCUGCGGAUCCAACGACAGCCGCGGCAGCGACAGCAAAUGUCAUGCCUGGAGCUCAGGUGCCGAAUCAGUUGGACCAUCCAGCGUUCGCAAACGAUCCCCGACAGGGUGCCUACGGGCCCUCACCGCAGUCCAAUGUGAACGGCCAAAUGGGUCCAGCGCAGUCUGCGAUGCCUCACACCCCCGCCCAGAUACCUCCUGCAUCGCCUCCGCCUCUGCCGGAGGGAUGGAUAGCGCACAUGGAUCCCAACUCGGGACAGUAUUACUACAUCCAUCUCCCGACGCAAGCAACGCAAUGGGAGUUCCCGAAGGGUCCUACACCACUUAAUCUGACAGAUACUCCAUUGUCACCCGUGGGAAGUAUCUAUCAAAACCCUUUGACCUCUCCAGGUCUCUCCUUUGCUCAAAAACCGCUGGCUUCGCCAGCGCUUCCACUCAGCCCAGGCUACGAUCAGCAGAGCAUCAUGGGUCUGGCAAGUCCGGCAGCAUUUACCGGACCACCACCCACGAGCGGGGUCGACCUGUACAAAGUCGUCGCUACCAAUGGCGUAUAUUUUGGUCCCUACCUCCGCUACACCAAUAUGGACAUUGAUAAGGGCAUUUGGUAUGGAUCCAUUCUUCUGGUAACAGACGCUCCGCAGCCGCCAACAAUCCACCUUCACCAGAGUCUCGAUCUGUCUCCGAACCCGCGACAGCUGAAACCUGCCAAUAUUGCCACACAUCAGCGCUGGACGUUCUACAAGUAUGAAAUUGACAUUGAGAUGGAGGAGUCCGAACCCGCCAAGUGGACGUACGCAAUUACAUCGCACCUUGGCUGCACACGCUAUGAGUUCUUAGUAGCCGGCAAACAUGAGACCAACUGGCGUUUCAUCGCCACCUCUGGAAACGACUUUUCAAUCAAUGUCAGCGCUAAUGAGCGGGCAAAGCUUGGGGGCGUCGGCUUCAUGUGGAAAGAUAUAAUGCAAAAACAGGCAGAAUGUGGAGGCUUCCAUUGUCAACUCGGUCUGGGCGGGCAGGUGUUUGGAGAUCGAUUGUGGAAAGAAAUACCCCUGCUUAAGCAGUGGUUAGCUAUGAGUGGGAAGGAGAACAGGAAGAAUGCUGUAUGGACAGCAGCUCAUGAGGAAGAUGUCACGCAUGCCUAUUUCCAUUACUACACCAGUCACUUCGAUCAACCAUAUUUACGGGAAGCCUCUGCCCAGAUACCCCAGAUUUCGACGCUUGAUGACCAUGACAUUUUUGACGGGUUUGGCUCCUAUCCCGAGUAUAUGCAGUUCAGCAACAUGUUCAAGAACAUCGGGCGUAUUGGCAUUGAGAUGUAUCUGCUUUUCCAGCACCAUACGACCCUGGAAAUUCUCCGCAAUGUGGCCGAUGACCAUGAUUUGUUCACCAUCACGGGUACUGGCUGGCACUUUAUCAAAUUCCUUGGGCCGGCCAUUGCUGUUGUAGGUCCCGAUACACGCAGCGAAAGAAAUUCUCAUCAGGUCAUGGCUGGACCGACCUACCAAGGGCUCUUCCCCAAAAUUGCAUUACUACCACCGACCAUUCAGCAUUGCAUCCUAAUGAUUCCUGUCCCACUAAUCUAUCCGAGGCUCGACGCGGCGGAACAAAUCGCUCAUACCGUUGCCACGGGAAAGAAGGCGGUCACAGGUGCUUACAAUGUCCUUGGAAAGGUGACCAGCUCCGUCGCUGGCGUAGUGGGUGCCAAAGGUGCCGUUGGAUCAGGAUUCGAUUCGGUGAAACGUGCUGUUGGGAAAUCAGGGCUCAUGGGUGGUAUUCUGAGUCCUUUUGGAGAUAUCGAUGUCUUGGAUGAAUUGAAAGACCAGUGGACGCACGAAUCGAAGGACCUCGAACGCACGUAUCUCAUCCGCACCUUGCAAGGCAUUUCUCACCAGAGAUCCAUCCGGUUCACAUUCAUCUCUGGGGCUGUCAACACUUGUGGCGCCGGGCUGGUCCAUGACCCUUCACAUCCAUCCGACCACAAAACGAUGUAUCAGCUCAUCACAUCGUCCGUGGUCAACACGCCUCCACCGGCAUAUCUGAUGAAACUGCUUAACAAUAACAAGCCGCUUUACAUUCCCGCCAAUGGCCAAAGGUCCACGCCAUCACAACCCACAGACACCAAGGAAGAUAUGAUGGAGAUAUUCACUCACGACGUUACAGGUCAACCUAUCAGCAAUCGCAAGUUGAUGCCUAGGCGAAAUUACCUUGCUGUAGUGGCUUAUGACCCGGAGGUGGUAAAUGGGACAUUUGGGCAGACGGGAAUGCACCGUGGAUCGGGCAAGCUCAGUCUUGCAGCAGACUUUUUGAUUCAGGGCGAAGGAGCAUAUGGCAACGUGAUCAAAUUUGGACCUGUCGUGGUGCCAAGUCUGGAUUACGGGCGUUGA